ACCCAAUACAAGCGGAAGUAACCCCGCCAAAAGUCUAUAUUAUCGAUAAUGCCCCAAGGUUUAAUUGUGCUGUGCGUCUUUGGGAUAAGGACAUAAGAACAUUACCUAAAGCUACCAAAGCCGUCAUAAGCUACAGCUUAUUUUACCUUUACCAUUAACUACGUACAAACUAACUACCUUACAACAAAUAUCAACCAGUCGAAACUUCAAAGCCCUUUUUUCUCUGUAGCAGGAAGCAAGGGGGGAGAAACAAAACCAACCAAUUAAGUCGACAAGAAGUAGGAAGAAGAAAGGCAAGACAGCAGACAACAGACAAUGGAUAUCAGGCGCCUCGAGCCGCGGGACAUCCCGCUAAUCCAGCACGCGAACCUGGAGAACCUGCCCGAGAACUACUUCAUGAAAUACUACCUGUACCACGCCCUGUCGUGGCCGCAGCUGAGCUACGUCGCCGUCGACGUCUCGCGCCCCAAGAAGACCGCCUACGACUACCCCAAGAUCGUCGGCUACGUACUCGCCAAGAUGGAGGAGGAGCCUGCCGACGGCGUCCAGCACGGCCACAUCACCUCGCUGUCCGUCAUGCGCACCCACCGCCGGCUAGGCAUCGCCGAGAAGCUCAUGAGGCAGAGCCAACUCGCCAUGGUCGAGACCUUCGGCGCGCAAUACGUCAGCCUGCACGUGCGCGUGUCCAACAAGGCCGCCAUCCACCUGUACACGAAGACGCUGGGGUUCGACCAGGAGAAGACGGAGCCCAAGUACUACGCCGACGGCGAGGACGCCCACUGCAUGCGGCUCGACCUGUCGUCCAUCCGCGAGCAGAUCCGCGAGGCCCAGCUCGACGCCGAGGACGACGAUGCCGAUGCCGAGAGCAACAACAACAUUAACAACAAUAAUAAUAAUAGCAAUGCCGAGGAUGGAGGAGAAGAAAAUGCUAACGCGGACGAGGGCGACCCCGUCGGAGACGUGGGCAAGGCGGAGAAUGGGAAGAAGGACCAGCUGCCGAGUAGGCCCAAGGAGACCAAGCGCAAGGUUAAGGUUGGCCGCGCGUUGGGCGUGCAGGCUCUCGUCGAGAAGGACGAGAGUAAGCAUUCCUAAGGGAGGAGAGAGGAUAGGUGUGGGUGGAGGUAAGGAACGAGGGUGGACUUGUCAUAGGAAGAAGAGAGGUUAGGUUAAGCGCCGUACCGUACCGAACCUACUUAACCUAGGCUGUGCCGCGGAAAGGGGGGGGAGGGUGGAAGGGUGGAAGAUAGCUCAGCUCUCUGGAGGGAACCAUACCGCGUGGUUCUAGGAUUGGUUGUCUUGAGGUGGUAGUGUGGCGAUCAGUUUGAAUAGCAUUUGCACACCGGGGCCCCGGAAAAAAGAAAGGGGUCAGUCAGCAUAGAUCUGAUCAGAUCAGAUUCCCCUUCAAGAAGUCUGUUGCGUGUACAUAUUCCCAGAAGACUCGUCGUGUUUUUUUUUACGGGCAUGGAAGCAGAAAGAAAAGUAUUUUAUGAGAU